AUGUCGAAAGGUGACUCUUCUAAUAAGCAGGAGAAGCGGUUGCCACCACCGUUUCUCUUCCAGGGCCCGUCUCAGAAUGCGUCCAGCGCGUCUUUGGCGAAUGGGAACAACAGCAACACUACAGCACAAGCACCGGCACCAGCUCGGCCUUCACUCCCUCAGGCGUCUUCAUCUCAUGUCUCAAUGCUGAAAGACAUUCAAGACAUCCACGACAUUCAUGAUAUCCAUGAUAUCCGGGACAUUCAAGGCCGUCCACGCCCCGACCAGGCACUGCCCCAACGCCCGGCGGAGGGAGCAGACGCCCUCUGGGACCAGAUGCAGAGUGCGCUCGCCGAGGUAGAGCUGGCAGCUACUGGUGGUGGUCGUAUGUUUGGGUCUUACCAUCCUGAAGUUGUGGAAACCCUGCGAGCCAAGCAGCUUUCUCUCGCGCAGGCCUGGGCGAGGACUGAGGCAGAGGAGGUGCCGAACAGUGUCUCCUCUGUCGGAAAUGCGGCCUUUUUGGAGGCAGAGGAGAAUAAUCCCCGAGAGGUGCUGGAUGAGAAGACGGAGAGAGAUAUCACCCAUGCCCGGAAAAGAAGGGAAGCGAACGAUAGGUACUUUGAACGUGUUAAUAACGGUGUCAUUGAUGUUGUUGCGAAGUUGGAAGAUGUGGCAGAGACGAUGCGAGAGGUUGCUAGCAAGAGCAAGGAAGUCUGGGCUGAGAGUGGAACGGUUGCACCCGGUAGCAGCGGUAGGAGUGUCCCAUCCUCAUCAGUGGCAGAUACUACCUGGACUGAGCACACAUGA